AUGCAGAAAUACAGCCUCAAAGGCAUAUAUGCAAAGCUUUGUGUGGAAGAAGAACAUGUUACCUGGGACAAGUUUGUUUGGAAUAGAAUCUCUAUUCCAAAGCACAGAGUUAUUACUUGGCUAAUAAUGAAAAACAGGCUAAAUACAGCUGACAGAUUAUUGAAGUAUGGCUUAAUACAUGAUGAUGCUUGUCAAUUUUGCUCUACAGGAAGAGAAACACAGGAACACUUGUUCUUCCAAUGUGAUUAUUCCAGGAAGUGUGUUGAUUUAUUGAGAUCUUGGCUGGGUAUGGUGAGUCAUCAGUAUGAUUUUCAAAGAAUAGUAAGAUUUUGGAGAAAUAACAGAACUUCAUGUUUCAAGAAAAAAGUGUUGGCUGCUGUAUUGAAAGUUGCUGUGUACUUCAUAUGGUGGGCUAGAAAUGAGGCUGUGUGGAAUCUUGUUGGCUGGAGGCCUGAUCAGAUUGUUCAUAGAGUGAAAAGCUUAACAAUUCUUAGGAUUAAUACUGUCUUGCCUAAGAAAACUUCUACUGCUGAUAGAGCUUGGUUUGAUUUGUUAAAAAGUAGAUAA